AUGAAAGGAACCAAGGCAGAAGUAUGGAAACAACUCGAAGAAGCUCAGAAAAAGGUUCAAGAGCUGGAAAAGACCAACUCGGCUUUGCUCAAGGAAAAAAGUGAUUUUCUAGUUAAACAAAAAGUAGCCAGUCUGGAAGAAUUAGCGACGAAAAUCAAAAACUCAGCUAAAGAAAAACAACAAGCCCAAGAAAAAAUUGACAACUUGAAAGAACGAGUAAGGGCUCUGCAGAGUGACAAGCAAGACCUCUUGAAAAGAGUAGAGAAUGCUGCUACUACCGACCAAUCUUCCCAAACCGAUUUAACUAACACCGGAAUACUGGAGCUUUUGCGAAAACAAUUAACUCAGCAACCUCAAUCUUCGACUAUUAAAGAAGCAAUCUUGGCAAAAAUUUUGGAAGAAAAAAAACAAGAAAUUAGCCGGUUAGAGCAAGAAUUAGCUGCUCUGGGCGAGCAGUUAGACGUUAAUCUAGAAAUUCGCUUAAAGGCUCUGGGUGCGGAUGCGGCCAAAAAUAAACAAAUUACCCAAUUACAAGCCGAAAUCCAAGACUUAACUCAAUAUGGUUCUACCCUUAUCGAGCAAAAAGAAAACAAAAUCAAGGCUUUAAUUAUACAGAACACCGGCUUAAAAACCCAAUUAGAACUUAGGCGAGAUGGGUUUCGCACUAUCCAAUUGA